CGUCACCGGAACACGGGCUUUCCAGAGUCCUUCUGUGGAAAUCGCAACACCAGCCUCCCACACCCAGAUGCAGACACAUCUGGCAACGCCUGCAUCACCCAGGAAGAUAUCUCUGUGUCGCGCGUCCUGUCCCGUCAACGGCGGUCGUUCCUCAACAAGAACAAGCGCACCAUCUCGCAUGGUUAUAUCACACCCGAGAUGGAGCAGAUGUACAGCGAGGUCGCUGUCGUCUCCGACUCCGAAGCCACACCGGUG